ACUGCUCACAACUGCCAUCUCAUUUCAGUCGCCAUUCAAAUCCAUGGACAAAGUAUCUCACCCAACUUCGGCGAGGAUGAAUCCAAGCUUCCUCCUCGUAGGCCCGGGCGUCGCCAAGGUCCAGGACAGGCCAGUCCCCAUCAUAUCCGACCCUCACGAUGUCAUUGUCCGGAUCAACUUUAUCGGCGUCUGCGGCAGCGACGUCCACUUCUGGAAACACGGCGGCAUCCAAACCUCCAUCUCUGUCCCGCUAGUCAUGGGCCACGAAGCCUCUGGAACCGUUUGCGCAACCGGCCCCGCCGUCACGUCCGUCCGUGUCGGCGACCGCGUCGCCCUCGAGCCAGGACACCCGUGCCGGCGCUGCGGCCCUUGUAAAGCCGGCAACUACAACCUCUGCCCAGGCAUCAGGUUCGCCGCCGCACCGCCCAACAGCCACGGCAUGCUGGCGAAGUUCUGGAAGGCGCCCGAAGACUUCGUGUACAGGAUUUCCCCGGAGACGAGCCUCGAGGAGGCCGUCCUCGUUGAGCCGCUGGCGGUCGCCGUUCACGCGGCCAAAUUAGCGGACAUCCGGCCCGGCGACACCGUCGUGGUCCUCGGAUCGGGAACGAUCGGUCUGCUCUGUGGUGCCAUCGCCAAAGCUUUCGGGGCUGGGCGGGUCAUUCUCCUAGACAUCAUGCAACACAAGCUACAGUUCGCGCACGAUUAUCUGGCCGUGGAGACUCAGCUACUUGACACGAGGGCAGCUCCAGAGUCGAACUCGGAGACAAUAUUGUCGAAAUACAAUCUGCACGGCCGAGUGGACAUCGCAAUCGAAGCUUCAGGUGCCGAGUCAUCGGCACAACUGGGCAUCUACCUCCUCAAACCAGGAGGAAGCUACGUCCAGACUGGCAUCGGAAAGCCCAAACUCAACAUGCCCAUGUUGGCACUUUCGGAAAAAGAGCUGCGGGUACGCGGCUGCUUCCGCUACUCUGCAGGGGAUUUCAGCUUAGCUGUACAGCUCGUUGAGCGAAAAUUGAUCAAUUUGAAACCUCUAAUCAGCAGUAUUACCCCUUUUGAGCGCGCCACGGAGGCGUGGGACAAGACUAGUCGUGGCGAGGGCGUCAAGAACCUUAUACAUGGGGUAUUGGACUAAACUCGCGAGGCGUAUAAAAGCAACAUCACAAGCAUUAAGCGCAGCAGGCGAAAGGAAGGACAUUAGCGAAGC